GUUGUUGUUGUUGUCUUCGUCUUCGAGCGGUUUUACGACUGUGAGAGUGUGACAUUUUUUCUUCUUCUGUUGGGGGGUUUCUCGCUUGUUUCUGUGUGUUGUGUUGAAAGGCUGCCCCGACGUUGAUGUCGCCGUCGGAACCAGAUCAAGGAGUUACUUAGAGGCUCUUUGAUAGUGGUGUUAGUGCUGGCCCAGUUCUACUAGGCUAGUGGUGAAGUUCUGCUAAGAACAGGAAGACUUGGUCACCCUUGUUUGUGUGCGCCAAAAACCAGUUUGGCGCGGUUGGAGACUUGGCGAGCUGCGUGAGGGUGAAGCGACGAAGCACCAAAUUUCAAACCUUUUGUGUCUAUUUUUCAGAUUUAGCGAAAGAAAAGGCCGUAAAAAGGCCAACUUGAGAGCGUGCUACUAAAGUGUGAUAAUUGUUUCGAUAAACGGCAACUUAUCGGUUGACGGCGAGGAAGUUGUGCAACUCUUGAGAGGCGGCGAUCCGGCGAUGAAAUAAUAAAGGAAGCAAGCAAAAUUGAAACCGUUUCGAACGAGCGGGGGGAGCUCAAAUUAAAUCGUAUUAAUUUUGAAAGUGAUAAACAAGUGCCUCGUUGUUGUUGAUAUUGCUGUGUACGAGUGUAAAAUUCAAGUUUAAACAAGUGACGGUGGUGGUGAAGUUCCCCUUCACUUCUUGGAAGGAAACGCAAAUGCGUUCGAUUGCGAGGCGUUUUUUGCAGUGACAAGAGAAAAAAAGUCAUUUCGAUUCAAAUUCGACGACGACGCCAGGAGAAAGGUGGUUGUCGAAAUGGUGCGAUGGCGCAGGGGGAGGCACGAUGGAGGAGGGGGCGGAGGAGGAGCAGGAGGAAAUUGUUGGAGGUCGUCGGUAAAGUUGCUGGCGAUUGUUUACAUUCUACACGUCACUGCUAGUUGGAUAGAUGGUGUCAAUUGUCAAGUUUGCGGACCGCCGGCGAUUCCGGCCAAUGCCCGCGUCCAGACACAGCCGGCCGACGGCACCGGAGGAGGCCUCCGGUCGGCCAAGUACGAGUGCGACUCGGGCUACGAGCUGUUCGGGUCGGAGACCAUCAAGUGUGACCCGGUCAAGGGCUGGGACCGGGAGCUGCCAUUUUGCGGAACCAAUGUGGCGUACCGAAAGCCGGUAAAUCAAUCGUCGGCGACGCGGUCCGGCCCGGCGGGAUUUGCCAACGACGGCAAGCCUGGCAACCAGAACCCGGACGGGCAGGAGUGCUCCGAAACGCAAAAGGAGGCGUCCCCCUGGUGGCGAGUAGAUCUUCUAACCCCGGAAGCGGUCCGGGUUGUACGAAUCACCACCAGGGGAUGCUGCGGUCACCAGCCGCUGCAGGAUCUGGAGAUUCGCGUGGGAAACAGCAGUUCGGACCUGCAGCGGAAUCCGCUGUGCGCCUGGUACCCGGGAACCAUGGACGAGGGAACGACCAAGAGCUUCACGUGCGCGAGGCCACUCAUCGGGCAGUUCGUGACCGUACAGCUCGUCGGCGUCGAGAGCAGCUUGAGCUUGUGCGAGGUGGAGGUGUUCUCGAACGACGAGUUCUCGCCGGAUCGGUGCGCGGCGCCGAACCUGAACGCGGACACCAUCCUGACGACGUUCGCCAAGACCUGCUACGAGUUCCACAUAACGCGAGGCGAGAGCUUCGACAAGGCGCGGCAGGUUUGCCAGUCCCACGGUGGCGACCUGCUGCACGACAUCCGCGGUGCGACCAACGACUACAUCAUCUCGGAGCUGGAGCGGCGCAAGACGGACCUCCGGACCCAGCUGGUGUGGAUCGGGGCCCAAAAAGAGCCCGGCAUUACGGCCCGCACCUGGAAAUGGGUGAACGGUGAUACCGUGCUGAAGCCGACAUGGGGUAAAGAUCAGCCCAACAACUACAACGGCGAGCAAAACUGUGUCGUGCUGGAUGGAGGUCGCAGCUGGUUGUGGAACGACGUGGGCUGCAACCUCGACUACCUGAACUUUAUCUGUCAGCACAGCCCGCUGAGCUGUGGUUCGCCGGAAGCCCUGGUCAACACGACGAUCGUCGGCAAGAACUUUACCAUUGGAGCGGCCAUUGGGUACCGGUGUCCGGUAGGUCACUCGCUGAUCGGUGAUGCGCAGCGACUGUGUCAAGAGACCGGUGUCUGGAGCGGGCGACCCCCAACGUGCAAAUAUGUCGACUGCGGCGCUCUUCCGGAGAUCGACCAUGGCGGCAUUAUCCUGUCGGAACAGCGAACCAGCUUCGGCGUGAAGGCCACCUACACCUGCCACGAGAACUACACGCUGAUCGGGAACGAGAACCGAACCUGCCAAGCGGACGGCUGGUCCGGAUCGGAUCCGAAGUGUUUGGUCGACUGGUGUCCGGAACCUCCACCCAUUCAGGGUGGUACGAUCAAGGUAUCCGGACGACGCGCUGGAUCCACCGCGAUCUACUCGUGCGAGUACGGGUUUGUGCUCAUCGGAGAACCGGUGCUGUCGUGUGGUCUCGGCGGUAACUGGACCGGCAAGACCCCGCUCUGUCGAUUCGUUGACUGCGGAAUGCCGGCGCGACCGGAUCGUGGAAACUUGCUACUGGUGAACGAUUCCACUACGGUAGGUUCGAUGGUGAGGUACUUCUGUGACGACGACUACUGGUUGGUUGGCCCGUCGGAGCUGUUCUGCACGAAAGAUGGAAAGUGGUCCGGAAGUGCACCAGCUUGCGAGCUGAUCACCUGUGAGACCCCUCACGUUCCCGCCGGUUCGUUCGUGGUCGGCUACGACUACAACAUCCACUCCUCGAUCCAGUACCACUGCGAUCCGGGACACAUCCUGCGCGGUGACGACACCCUCACCUGUCUCGAGUCCGGCCACUGGAGUGGUGACGCUCCCGACUGCGAGUACGUCGACUGUGGCCCCCUCACCCCGAUCCCCUUCGGCUCGAACCGAUACCUCCAGAACACAACCUACCUCGGAUCGGAAGUCCUGUACUCUUGCUCCAACUCGCAUCGCCUCGCCGGAACUCCCAAGCGAACCUGCCUCGAAAGCGGCCUCUGGAGCGAUGCGUCUCCACGCUGCGAGGAAAUCCGCUGUCCGGAACCGACCUUCGCCCCGCACAGCAUUCUUAGCGUUACCGGAAACGAUCGCAUGUACGGCCGAACGCUGAUCCGAACGUCGGACGUGGCGGCCAACAGCGUGCAGACGUACAAGAUCGGGGCGCUGGCCAAGUACCGUUGCGAGCGGGGAUACAAGAUCGUCGGGGAACCGCUCAUCACGUGCGAGGAGAACGGGCUGUGGAGUGGCGAGAUUCCGGAGUGCGUCUAUGUCGACUGUGGCGUGCCGCCGAGCAUGAUCAGCGGUCGCGUGACGCUCGCGACCAACGCUACCUACUACGGGGCGGCAGCACUGUACGAGUGCGACGGAAAGCUGGACGGCGUGUCCCGUCGGCUCUGUAUGGAGGACGGCAGCUGGAGCCACGAGACGCCGGCUUGCGUGGAGAUCACCUGCGAGGAGCCGAACGUGGCGGAGAAUCUGGUGGUAAGUGCGGGCGAUCGCAAGGUCGGAACGGCGGCGCGUUUCAGCUGUACCAAGGGUCGGUACAUGGUCGGCAAUGACAGCAGGACCUGUCAGCCGACCGGCCAGUGGACGGGCAAGAAUCCGGUGUGCAAGUUGAUCGACUGCGGUCGGCCAGCGGACAUUGCCAACGGGCGGGUCAUCGUGGUCAACGAGUCCACCGUGUACGGAGGAUCGGCGGAGUAUCACUGCGUGCCGCACUACAACCGGAUCGGGCCGUACCUCCGGAAGUGCAUGGAUGACGGCAAGUGGAGCGGGGAGGAGCCGCGAUGUGAACUGAUCGUCAAUGACGCCCAGGAGACAAACAGCUUGGGAACGGGAAUCGCGAUCGGUGCCGCCAUCAUCGUGAUCCUGCUGAUUCUGAUCGGGGUUCUGUUCCUGCACCGAAACAAGGCCCGUCCGGUGAAGAACACCGAGAACGUGCAGGCGGCGGAACACAAGGACGAACAAAAUGCCGCGGUCAUGUCGUACUCGUCGUUGGAAAAUGGCCGCCACGGCUUUGACCUGCCGAACCGGGGCAACCUGGUGACCUUCAACACGUUCCAGAGCGGUGCGGGUGCCAACGGGCAUCCGCCUCCGCCCAGUAGGCUAGCUAGUGUAGGUAACAACAACAACAAUAGUUUAAGUAGUAGACACAUGAACGGCAACGGGACCGGCGGGGAGAACAUCUACGACCAGAUCCCGAGCGAGCAGUUUUACGACGCACCGUACGAGAUGCGAAGCAACGACGAGGUAUACGAGCCGGAACCGACGGGCCGGACGAACGUCAUUACCAUCAACGGGGUUAGUGUUCGGUAGAUCUUAGGUAAACAAACGACUAUUUGGUUAUUUAGUUUGU